CCUCAUCUCUCUCCCAUUUACUCACUCCAUCUUCUCCCCCUCUCUCUCCCCAUUCUGAGAGAGAAAAUUCGCAGAUAAUUCAGUUAGUUCUUGGGCGACAGAUUGUCCGUUCCAGAGUGAGGGGAGGAGAGAACACUCAGAACAGAGUAGAUUAGAUUAGAGUAGAUCUAGUCAGAAAAUGGCGGAGGUGGCGGCGAACGGCGGCGGGAUGAUACCGGAGACGUUCCGGGGGCCGGCGGCGGACAUGGCGGCGCAAAUGGGGGUAAUGUGGGAGCUGAUAAAAGCGCCGCUGAUUGUGCCGGUUUUGCGGCUAUCCGUGUACGUUUGCUUGGCCAUGUCGCUGAUGUUGUUCUUCGAGCGGCUUUACAUGGGGAUCGUCAUAAUCCUCGUCAAGAUUUUCUGGAAAAAGCCGGAGAAAAGGUACAAUUGGGAGCCCAUGCGCGACGAUUUGGAGCUCGGCAAUGCCGCUUUCCCCAUGGUCCUUAUCCAGAUCCCUAUGUACAACGAAAAAGAGGUGUACAAGAUCUCCAUUGGAGCGGCAUGCAACCUUUCAUGGCCGUCCGAUCGAAUCGUCAUUCAAGUUCUUGACGAUUCAACCGAUCCCUUCAUCAAGGAUAUGAUUGAGAAGGAGUGCAUAAGGUGGGCAAGCAAAGGCAUCAACAUUAAGUACCAAAUUAGGGAAACCCGCGGGGGUUAUAAGGCGGGAGCCCUUAAGGACGGCUUAAAGCACGAUUAUGUCAAAGAAUGCGAAUACGUGGCGAUUUUCGAUGCUGAUUUUAGACCCGAACCCGAUUUUCUCCGACGGGCUAUCCCGUUCUUGGUCCAUAAUCCGCAAAUCGCCCUCGUUCAAGCCCGUUGGCGUUUUGUGAAUGCGGAUGAGUGUUUAUUAACGAGAAUGCAAGAGAUGUCAUUGGAUUACCAUUUCACCGUGGAGCAAGAAGUGGGAUCGUCUACUCAUGCUUUCUUUGGCUUCAAUGGGACGGGUGGUGUAUGGAGGAUUGGUGCCAUAAACGAGGCAGGUGGGUGGAAAGAUAGAACCACGGUGGAGGAUAUGGAUUUGGCUGUCCGGGCUAGUCUUAAGGGCUGGAAAUUUGUGUAUCUUGGUGACCUCCAGGUGAAAAGUGAGCUUCCUAGUACAUUCAAGGCCUUCCGUUUCCAGCAGCACCGUUGGUCUUGUGGCCCUGCCAACUUGUUCAGAAAAAUGGUCAUGGAAAUCAUCAGGAACAAGAGAGUGAAUGUAUGGAAGAAGUUCUACACAAUCUACAGUUUCUUCUUUGUCAGGAAGAUCAUAGCUCACAUGGUCACAUUUUUCUUCUACUGUGUGGUUCUUCCUCUAACCAUUAUUGUCCCCGAAGUUGAAAUCCCAAAGUGGGGAGCCAUCUACAUUCCUUGCAUCAUCACAACCCUCAACUCGGUUGGCACCCCGAGGUCAAUCCAUUUGCUGUUCUACUGGAUCCUGUUUGAGAAUGUGAUGUCCUUCCACCGAACCAAGGCGACUUUCAUUGGAUUGCUCGAGGCAAAGAGGGCAAACGAGUGGGUUGUGACCGAGAAACUUGGCGACGCCCUCAAGAACAACAAAGCAAACGCGAAGCCUGCAGCCAAGAGGACAACAAAGUCUCUGCUCGGAGACAGGAUUUUGCCACAAGAAUUAGCAUUCGCGGGGUUUCUCUUCUUCUGUGGAUGCUACGACUUCAUGUAUGGCAAGAACCAGUACUUCAUCUACCUCUUCCUUCAAGUCAUUACCUUCACCAUUGCUGGAUUUGGCUACAUUGGCACCAUUGUCCCGUCUUGAGUAGCGAUCUUCCAUCUCGCCUCGCUUUUCGUGGAAUGGCAGAGUGAUUUUCGGGAUUCGUUUCUUCGUGUAUAUGCGAAAAUUUGCUCUUUACAUUCUUCUCAGAUAUGAACAAGAAAUCCAAAGGUUUGGAGCAACACAUACAAAAGAAGUGUAAGAUAAAAUUGCUCUUCUCAUGUGAGUUUAUAGUUGGGUGAAUUGAAGAAGAUGAGAUUUAUUUGUAGUGGAAACUUUGGAUAGAUGGAAUUAUGGUUUUGUUAGAGAUGAGAGUGUUUUUAGUUGUGUGAUAUUUAUAUAUAUAUAUGAAGUUUAAUGUAAUGUUUCUUUAGUGUUAUAACUUAUAAGCUGAUGGCAAAAGGGCCAAGCUUGUAAUCAAGGUUUCUUGUCAAUUGUCAUUCUAGCUUAGGAGUGCUUUUUUACUUCUCUUUGAGGAUAAUAUAUAGUAUUAAAUUCAAAGAAAAAUUUGACA